AUGAGCGACUCCUCCCUUGCUCCGCCCGCGGUAUCCAUGGAGCUGCAUGCUGGCAACCGCGAGCGCCUCGUCGCCGCGCUUAGAGCUCAUCUCUCAGCCUCCGGCCGCCCUCUCCGCGGCCUCGUCCUUCUCAAGGGCGGCGAGGAGCAGACUCUUUACUGCACCGACCGCGUCCCGCUCUUCAGGCAGGAGAGCUACUUCGCCUAUCUCUUCGGUGUGCGAGAGCUGGGGUUUUACGAUGCAGUGGACAUUGCCUCUGGACAAUUCAUCUUAUUUGCUCCAAGGUUGACACUUGACGAUGCAGUUUGGAAUGGUGAAAAAGAAUUGUCUUCUUUCAAGGAUACGUACAAGGUCGAUUUUGUCUUCUAUGUUGAUGAGCUUGCACAGGUUCUCCAAUGUAAAUUUAGUGAGCAUGGAGAGCCCCUUCUCUUUCUCUUGUACGGAAAGAAUACUGACAGUGGAAAUUACUCAAAGCCUGCUAGUUUUGAGGGGAUAGAGAAGUUUGACACUGAUUUAAGCACGCUUCAUCCUAUCUUAAAUGAAUGUCGUGUUAUAAAAUCUGACAUGGAGCUUGCCUUCAUUCAAUAUGCUAAUGAUGUCAGCUCCAAAGCACACAUUGAGGUUAUGAGGCAGAUCAAACCAGGCAUGAAGGAAUAUCAGUUAGAAAGCAUCUUUAUUCAUCAUGCAUCUAUGCACGAAGGCUGCCGACAUUGCUCCUACACAUGUAUAUGUGCUACUGGACACAACAGUUCUACUCUUCAUUAUGGACAUGCGGGAGCUCCAAAUGACCAGACCACAGACCACUGA